AUGGAAGCUUCAAUAAGAAAUCGUCUUAGAAAGCAAGAUUUGGUUUUACCAGACGAAGAAGUUCCAAAUAGUCAGGACAGUAACAUAAAUAGCAUAGAUUACUCCGAAGUAAGAGAGCUAGUUUUGGACGGAGUAAAACUCAGAGAGUUAACACAGAAAGAUAGUGAAUUUCUUGGACGAUUUUCAGAGUUGCAAUAUUUGAGUUUAAACGCAACUGGCCUUCAAAAAUUGGAUAACUUUCCUUUACUUGAAAACUUGAAAGUUUUAGAAAUUCAGGAUAACCAUAUUUCUGGUGGACUGGAUAUUUUACAGAAUUAUAAGAACCUUCGUUGUUUAUUACUAGGAGGAAAUAAAAUUAAAGACUUUUCGGAACUAAUUGUGUUGAAGGAGCUUCCUAAGUUAGAGACUCUUUCACUACUGUUGAAUCCAAUAGCUGAGAAAAAUUCAGAAUCUUAUAGAUCAAUAGUUUUUGAGACACUGCCAAAUUUGCAGAUUUUGGACGAGAUGAAUAAAGAAGGAAAGGAAGUUGAAGAUUAUGGUUAUGAAGAUGAGGUCGAAAUAAUAGAUGAUGAUACUGAGGGUGGUGACGAGGAAACUAGCGUACAUGCAGGAAGCCAUGGAUUACCUGACGAUGAUGAGGACGAAUUUGACGAAGAAGAUGACGAAGAUGUUGGACAGGUAGAUCUCAAACAAUUUUAUGAAAACGAUCUCGAGGAAGAUGAUGACGAGGAUGACUUUGAGCCAGGUGAUGCAGAUUUUGAGGGAGCUGACGAUUUUGAGGAGGAGGAAGAAGAAGAAGAAGAAGAAGACGAUGAGGAGGAAGAUGAUGAAAUUGAAGCCAGUAGCUCUAAAAAACAAAAGAUUGAGCGGGAUGAUGAUGAAGAUGAUGAUGCUGAAUAA